GCUGCACAGGAGAUGUGCAAACACUUCAAGAUGGCGUUGUUUUCGAUAGAAGUUUCCAGGAAGAUGAUGAAAUCUCACGUUAACUGAGGGUUUUGAAAUGAAAAGAAAAGGAUCUUCAUCGUUAAAACGUCAGAAGUCUGGCCGUACCCGAAAGCGCAAAUACAAAACUGGGGAUCUGUCACUGAAUUCAAGGACAAUUUCUUGAAAUUCCCAAGUCAAGAAAACUCUAUGGAAAUCCCAAAAAUGGUAAGAAAUUCUACUAGCACAAGAAAGGAGGAGGUACUGGAUUGUGAGAAGCUCACAUGGUCUGCUGAUCAACGGCUGUACCAAAACCCACCAAAUAUUUUCUUGGAUGAUGCAUUUGAAUCAUUAGAAAUCUCACAAGAACUACUGGUCAGCACGCCACUGGAAAAUGCAAACAAUCUCUUGCCAAAGAAAGAUGCAGGUAACAAAACUGCAAAGAAAAAGAACAAGUCCAGAAGGCCAAGAGUGUAUCAAAUGUUUGCAGACAAAUAUGAAAGAUCAAACAUUGUUCUGGGAAGAGGAGCAAGGUCCCGUGUUGAAACAGUUAUAGAAAAAGCUACAAAAAAAGAGUUUGCUGUCAAGAUAAUAAAGAAAGACAUGGGGUAUGAUAGAAGUGGUGUGCUCAGAGAAAUUGACCUUUUGCAUAUUACAAAAAAUCACUCAAAUAUUUUGGCACUGAUAGAAAGUUUUGAAGAAGACGAAUGCUUUUAUCUGGUGUUUGAAAAAAUGCAAGGAGGACCUUUGCUCAAUCAUAUUUACAAAAAGAUGUCAUUCACUGAACGAGAAGCAAGUUGGGUCAUAAAGGAUAUUGCAUCUGCACUUAAAUUUUUGCAUGAAAAAGGUGUUGCACACAGAGAUCUCAAACCUGAAAACAUACUUUGCAAAUAUGAAGAUAGGAUUGUACCUGUGAAGAUAUGUGACUUCAAUCUGGCAAGUGGAUUGGAUUCUAUCAACUGCCCGACACCAGAGCUGUACACACCAGUUGGUUCUGCCGAGUUCAUGGCUCCUGAAGUGAUAGAGGCAUUUCAAGGUGAUGCACCUGCUUAUGAUAAAAGAUGUGAUUUGUGGAGUCUGGGCGUCAUCCUAUACAUUAUGUUGUGCGGGAAACCCCCUUUUGUUGGGAAUUGCGGAGAAGAUUGUGAAUGGGAGAAAGGAGGGUCUUGCUACGAGUGUCAACGAACCCUCUGGAACAGCAUUAAGAAAGGGGAAUUCCAGUUCCAUGACAAGGAGUGGGAGUACAUUUCAGAUGAAGCCAAGGAUUUGGUGUCGAAGCUACUCGUGAAAAAUGCAUCGAAGAGAUUGACUACGGAGCAGGUGUUGCGUCAUCCUUGGGUUGCUGAGGGUGCCAAGGAUGUCAUUCUAAGAACUCCAACUGUUUUGGGCGUUCCAAAUAAGGACAACCAACUCGACCCAUUUUCCCUGAUGAGCACCGAGGUUCUUGCGUACAGUCGUAUCCAAUCACAACAGAAAAAGGAUGAACAGAAAGAGUCGUUCACAGAUAUCAUCAACGAGACUAGCUGGCCUAAGGCCGGUUUUGGCCUUUCACCUCCAGGAAAAUCAAGUCUUGCCAGAAGGCGUGCAGAACAUUUAAAGAGAAAGGAAGAGAAGCUGAGAGAGGUGCGAUGCGCUGAAAAUCCGAUCGAAGACCCAGCUUUGACUAAGCAAAACUUUGAGAAAUUGUCCUUGGCAGGUUACAAGAAGUCAGAAGAAACUGUGAGAACACCCUAAAGACAUUUCUGCAAAAUGAUUCUUUUUCUAGGAUCAUGUAUUUUUGUUGAACCUUUUUUUCCAGUUUUCCAUCUAAAGGUUUGUUUGUUACUUCUGUUUCUUUAUUGUAAAUUGUUUCAAUAUUGCUUUUUCGUAGUUUUCAUUGAUUGUACGUUUUGUAUAUUUUACAAAGCUUUCCUUUCCAUUUAAUCACACUGCUUUCUCCAUUUAAAUUUUGUAAGGCCAAUUUGCUAGUGGCCUAGAUAUUCUUUCUUUCGCAAAGAAUAUUUUCCGUUAUUGUUUCCUUUAGUUCCAUUUUCCAGGACAUUCCAGACUAUAGCACUGUUAACUUGUUUGUUUAUUCAAAGGUGAACAAUCUCGAAAUAGUUACUCUUAAUUCUUCCAUAUAAACCAUGGAGAAACAUUUUACCUCUUAGCUUAUGAGAUAGAGUUGUAUGCCCUCCCAACCUUGCACUGUUUAAUUAUUUUCAUGAUUCCUUUUUGCAUCAAGUUAAUGACGGGCUUUCAGAAAAGCUCUGUACUCCAUUUUGUUAGCUUUUUUGUCUGUAAAACCCAUCGCUUCUUGGGUUAUAAAUUGUCGAUGCUUAAUGUACGAAUUCCCGUAGUUUACUAUAACAUAAAAUAGUUGAGAAUUUGAAUUGAAUUGUGUUCCUAACUUUAAAAAUAGCAAUAUUAUUGAUAUGAAUUAGUUUUGAAAUUGACUAUUGUAUUUUUAAGCUUCUUGAAAUUUCGUAAAAUCUGGUGUUUGUCAAAUAAUACGGUGCCUUGUAACCCGUUUGGUGUUUAGCAUGAUAUUUCUUGAUUGGUUCAUUGUAUUAUAGAAAUAUUUAUUACGUUUGUACUAAUAAAAAUAUCAUUUCA